UUCCUUCCUGCUUAUCAAAUGACAUCACCACGUCAGAAUAAAGAAGUGCCAGCAUGGCGUUCACCCUGUACUCCCUGAUACAAACGGCUAUAUUAUGCACCAAUGCCAUAGCCGUUUUACACGAAGAACGGUUUUUGAGUAAAAUUGGUUGGGGAGCGGAUCAAGGCAUCGGUGGAUUUGGUGAUGAACCGGGGAUUAAAGCACAACUCUUGAAUCUCAUUCGCUCCGUCAGGACAGUGAUGAGAGUGCCGUUAAUAAUAGUCAACACGGUGAGCAUUGUAUUACUACUACUUUUUGGAUGAGGUACAGUACUAUCCCGGGUGAAUCGGACAAAACGAAUAACAUCUGCAAAAGAAAACACGGACUAUAUAUUGCCAACAUGGUCGUCACAGUUGUCGCCACUCUGCAGUCUCCUGGGAAUUCUGAAGCGUCUCCACUCAAGUCUUAUUUUGCACCUGUUUUUUGUAUCACAGCAGCAGUGAAUGAUGAAUUGUCUUUUAUAUCCACGUGUCUCGCAGCAUGCCAAUGUCUCUGUUGAUAUUGAUGAGCUUACAGUUUCACAGACAGGCUUUCUCUGAAAUGCAGGAAGACUAAACAAAAAAACAGCAUCUGUCUGUGACAGCAGGGGGAAAAACAUCUCUUUCUAUCCUGGGACAUUGCCUUGAACACAGUUCCCUCGGUUUAAAGUAAAGUAUUUCAUUUGUCACCUGACAUGUACUCCAACAACCUACCACACAGAUUUCCAUGUGGAUUUUAUUUUUCUGCUGAGCAUAAGACUUCUGCCAUCCUGUCUAAAAGUGAUCUAGCUCCUGCAGAGAUAUAUGGGGAAUCUGUCUGCUGGGAAUGGGGGAUAUAGUUGCUGUAAAUGCAGUUUAUAAUACUCCUCCAUCCGUCAGUAAACCACUGUGUGAUCCAGUGAGACUCUUGUGUUGUCACCUAAAGCCAUCCACUGUACUGUUUAGAAAGACCAUUAUAACUGAAGGACCACAAUUCAGAUGGUAUGCAGUGGUAACUGGAUUCUAUGACAACUUUCUGCCCACGUCCAAGGCUGUUAGUGGAAAUGUGUUUAUGUGUUUAUCAUGUUCGAGUGCACAGUUGGAUGUCUGGUGUGCACAAAUGUCUCUUACAACUUUUCUUUUUUAUAAUACAAAAUCAUAACAUGUCACUCAUUAUGUCAGAUGUUUUAAUAAAAAAACCCAGUAGAACCUG